AAAAAUGAUAUACCUAUUGGAAAUCACUUAUCGCUAAACUGUUAUAUUGUACCUACAUAUUUUGUACCUAUUACAUAUUUUCGUUAAAUCUUUUUUUUAAGCAUAUAUAAUGGAACAUGAAUAUAAACCUAUCCCUUACGGUGUGGCCCAUGAGAUACGCUUGUGAUUAUGAGAGCAGUUUAUUACCAGGUAGAAAAUCCACGCAAGGAAGAACUAUUUGAGGUGUCAACAGGCCGUUUACAAUAAUUUCUUCAAUCAAACUUAUAAAAUAUUUUUAACACUAGGUACACUUAAAUCUAAUUGAGUAAUCAAAAUGAUUAAAAUUUUCUUGUUCUACUUGUACACCUGGUAUGGACCUCAUUCAUUUUUUUACCGAUGAUACUGUAGUAGAAUUUUAUCAAACUCUAAGAUUUGAAACAGAACACUAUGCGACGGUAGCAGUAGCUACGGCCACAAAAAAUGAUUGAGUCCAAAGUUUUCGGACCUGACAGUCUGUUUGUGUCCUUCAUACUUGAUAAAUGGCACACAGAACCGAAUCAGUUCUGUUCGGUCGUGCUGUACGGAACGAUGACGGUCAGCGACCGAGAGUGUCGCAACCAGAGCCAUCCGCUAGUGUUAAAGUUCAAGCACUUAAUGCCCGAGAAGCGGAAAUUUUGCAGGAACGACCAGCAGUUCCAUAACGAGAAGCUGUUCUACGAAGAAAUCGCGCCAUUUCUGUUGGCUAUUGACUCACAGAAGGAUGGUGACUGUCCUACGAUGCUGUCGUUCUGCCGUUACUUCUACGGGCGCAACGAUUGCGGUGACUUGGCGGAUCGGGACCUGAUCGUCUUGGAAAACGAAACUGUCCGUGGAUACCGGUCCGCGGUGACUGGCCAUCCACUUACUUUGGAUUUUGACCAUCUGGUUGUGGCACUAAGAACACUGGCAAAGUUUCACAGCUUGUCUUUCAAAGCAAAACAUGUGAAUCGAGUUGAAUUUAAUAAACUGGUGGCUAAGGUAGUGGAAACACAGUGGUCUCCAGAAGGCGAAUGGUACAUAAGUAGCAAAGGACUCGAAGGACUGUUUUCCAAUGGGUUGGAUACGCUGGUGAAGAGUAAAAGUGGAUAUGAAAAACGGGCGCAAAUGUUCCGAACAGAACUGUUGAUGGAUGCAAUAAAGGCACUGAAGCGUGUGAUGGAACCGGACGAACCUCUCUCCGUGCUUUGCCAUGGUGAUUUUGGCCGCCACAACUUGCUGUUCCGGUAUGACGACGAUGGCCGGCCGUUGGACGCCCUGGUUUAUGAUAUGGCCCUUAUCCGUUACGGGUCACCGGCGCUAGAUCUCUCGUACUUCAUGUACUUCAACUCGGACUGCCAGACGCGGGACGAUCACUGGGACGAGCUGCUUGACGUAUAUUGCGAUACGUUUGCCUCUGUGGCUGGUAGUGCUCCGGUACCAGACCGCGGUCAGCUGGACACUGAAAUGCGCAAACACGCAUACUUUGGUCUGUCUUUAGUGUCAAUAGCAUCACGAAUCUUGUUAGAAGAACAGAAACGGGUCGACUUGUCCAAGUUGGCCGGAUUGACUGACGAUGAAGUGUUGGAGUUUUGGCUGUCGUUUGGAGGCAAAAGAGCCAACGAAUGGGCAGCUGACGUUGUCCAACAUUAUCUGGACAUGGUUUUCACUGAUAAAGUAGCCAGUUGAGCUACACAUAGAUACAACACCGGGUACAGUUAUACCUUGAAAUUGUCUUUUCAUAAAUUUGGUCUGGCUGCUUAUAUUUUAAAUUUUACUUAAUUUUACAAAGAUUUAAAAAAAAUGUAUACCAUUAUUGUAUUAUAUCGUUAUUUCUAAAAUAUAAAUACAUAAUAUAAAGCUAAUAUUAUAUAAUUACGAAGGGUUGAGAUAAUGUUUGUCUUUGAAACAACUAUAGACGUUUAUACCCGUUAUAAUCGAUUCAUACUUGAUAAGAUUAAAAUGGUAAACUAUUAAAUUGUCGUUUAAUAUAUUUUUAGAGAAUUGCAUGGAAUAGGUAUUUCGAAGAAAUACUAUUUCGUAUUCUGUUGUAAUAACUGGUUUUAAAAUAAAAUUAUAAAUAAAAAUA